AUGUAUUACGAGAGGAGCGGACACUUCAGAGCCGCGGCUCACAUAUUAACUAAAUUGGCCGAAAGGCGGAGCCCUGACGUCAAUCUUUACAAACGACUCGAAUACUUGUCCAGAGCUAUAGUCUGUAUGAAGAGUUCAGAUUCGCGACCGACGGCUCUCUUCGGAGACACCACUCAAUCGACUGCCGGAGAGUUCUUGCAUGAGUUGGAGGAGAAGAUGGAAGUGUCACGCAUUCAGCUUCACAUACUUGAGAGCCUCCACAAGUUGUCCGAUUCUGUGCCCACACAGGAGGCCAUCAAUGCAUUAAACUGUGAUUUACUCGAUAUAACACAACUGUACGAAGAGUUUGCCGAUCGAUUCAAUUUAGCCGAAUGUCAGUUAGCUAUCCUUCACUGCGCCGGACAUCACGACCCGAACCUAAUUGAGACCAUUUGGCGAAACAUUAUUGAUAGUGACUUACGAGCCGUCAGUUCCAUGUCUUCCGACGCCCAGAAGAAUCUAAUUUGUAAUAAAAUCAAACAUUUGGCCAAACUAUACAUGAGUUCUGAGAAAUAUUUUCCAAUCGAAUUUAUUGUCAAAUACUUGGAGACGAAAACACAGAACUUUGAGUUUGAGUCGCAAUGGCUUACAGAGAGUCUCCUGGAAAUGGGCGUCAAAUUAACGGAUUUACUCGAUCUCUACCACAAACUCUAUAAAUCACGUGAAUUAUCCACUUCUUGGCCGCGAAAACAAAUCCAUUUGCUUCGAGUUCUGGCUUUUAUUAUCAACGCGUUUACUUUUAACCAGUCUUUGGUCUCAUUUGCUGAAAGGCGUCACUUUUGCACCAAAAGUCUGGACGUAUUGUCCGCUUAUUUGAUUGAUUUACAAACGAUGGACUCCGAGGACAGAGCCGUUAGAAGUCUGUUAUACGACUUGAAGGCAAUCAAAGCCAAAGUCGAGCGAUGCGUUUGAUUUGCAUUUUAUAUAUUAUUUGAAUUUAUUUUAAAAUAAGUUUUAUAUUAAUUAUUAAUAAAUAAAAAUUUAUUCACAAUUUAUUAAAAA